ACCAUUUUAAUAUAGUAAACAGGUUGGGAUUUCCAAUUUAAUUGGCUGAUUCCCUCCAAACGGUAAGAAAACGUUUUGCUACGAAAGCGAGCGUUUGUUAUUAGACAAAUGCGGGUAGUUCCUCCCCGUUUGGUUCCUAAUGAAUUUACCCCAGCAAAGCAUCUGGGCGCUAUUGGACCACGUGACUGGUUAGGACAGCCAUCGUUUUACCUAAUUCAUGUCCAACCCAAAAUGGGAAAGGGGUGCGAGGACUGGAGAGGAUAAAACGAACAGCAAUGGUAUAGUUUAGGAGUUUUGUUUCAAUCGCAAAACGUCGCUUUUCAAAUCCUCUGCAGGUUCUAUUGGUUGAAAAAAGUUACCAAGCAAAGGUGGGAUUGAACCAGCAGCUGGCCUGAACCUGUUAACUGGCAACCAGUAGCAGGGGCACCAAUCCACCCUCCUGAUUGGCUGUGGAGAGGAGGAAACUAACAAUCAACUGAUUUGAUUUGCUCCCCUCUUUAUAUUAGUAUUUUUUUUUAGGAGGGGGAGGAGCAGGAGGACUUGGGCUCACUUCCCAGACGAGCAUGGGACAGAGCGUCCCUGGAGGCAUAAAGACUAUUGACAUGAGGGACCCGGCGUUCAGGCCUCUGAAGCUGGAGUUGGCAGCUCUGGACCACGCCAAACCCUCCAGGCUGGAUCUGCUGCUGGACAUGCCCCCUGCUGGACAGGAUGUCCAAAUGCAGCACUCGUGGAACAACAACGACCGAUCGCUCAACAUCUUCGUCAAGGACGACAACAAACUGGUSUUCCAUCGGCACCCCGUGGCUCAGAGCACGGAUGCCAUUCGGGCCUGUAUCGGCUACACCCGGGGGCUCCACRUCUGGGAGAUCAGCUGGGCCAUGAGACAGCGGGGAACGCACGCCAUCGUCGGCGUGGCSACAGGAGACGCKCCKYUWCAUUCUGUAGGCUACACGACCCUGGUGGGUAAUAACCACGAGUCCUGGGGCUGGGACCUGGGACGGAAUAAACUCCACCACGACGGAAAGAACCWGCCYAGUAAGRCAUACCCUKCGUUCCUGGAGCCGGAYGAGACGUUUMUAGUCCCCGAYUCAUUCCUGGUAGUGUUGGACAUGGACGAGGGGACUCUGAGCUAUAUUGUGGAUGGACAGUACUUGGGGGUGGCUUUCAGAGGACUCAAAGGGAGGAAGCUGUACCCUGUCGUCAGUGCUGUKUGGGGGCACUGUGAAAUACGAAUCCGGUACAUCAAUGGACU